GGGGUGUGAGUGAUAGCACAACUCCUGAGGCGUUCAUCUCGUUUCUCUCCUCUUAGAGUGUUUCUAGCACACACAAACACACACCAUCUACAUUCACACUGCAGAUUUGGAGGUGAUCCAGGAUGCAGUCCUACCUUACUCUGCUGCUGGGGAUCCUGGCCUCUGCUGCUCAAGCAGAAUGGAGGCGCCCUGUGAUCAAGUUCAACUCUAAAGUGGUGGAGGGUCCGGAGGUGGUGGUCACUGCUGGUACCAGACUGCGCCUGACAUGUGAGGGCAACGGGCCCGUCAACUGGCAAACGAGGCUAGCCAAACACAGGCGCUACGUGUUAAAGGGCACCGGGAACAUCCGUACCUUAAAUGUGGAACGUCCGGCUGCAGAAUUCACUGGCACUUACAAGUGUUCAUACACCUCUGGGCCACAGCGAGUACGUGACCUGGUGUCCUCAGUGCAUGUUUAUGUAAAAGAUCCAGACCGUCUGUUCUGGACCAGCAGCACGUCCUUGCGGGUGGUGAAGAAGGAGGGUGAGGACUACCUGCUGCCUUGCCUGCUGACUGACCCAGCAGCCACAAAUCUGGGGCUGCGCAUGGACAACGGCACCUCCUUGCCUCCGGGAAUGAACUUCACAGCUUAUCCACACAAGGGUAUCCUCAUCCACAGCCUCCACCCCAGUUUCAACGCUGACUAUGUCUGCACAGCCAAGAUCAACGGGGUGGAGAAGAGCUCCAGGGCCUUUUCCAUCAAUGUCAUUCAAAAGCUGCGUUUCCCACCUUAUGUCUUCUUGGAGAAAGACGAGUAUGUGCGUAUUGUUGGGGAGGAGCUCAAGAUUCGCUGCAACACACACAAUCCAAAUUUCAACUACAACGUCACCUGGAGAUACACCACCAAAAUGAAAUCAACGGUUGAAGAGAAGGUUCGCUCUAGUGGGGAAAAUCGCCUGGACAUAGAAAGCAUACUGACCAUCUCUGCUGUGGACCUUGCAGACACAGGGAACAUCUCUUGCAUCGGCACUAAUGAAGCAGGGGUGAACAGUUCAACUACAUACCUGCUGGUUGUAGACAAGCCCUACAUUAGACUGUCGCCCCAGCUGUCUCCCAAGCUGGCCCACCAGGGUCUUUCUGUGGAGGUGAAUGAGGGAGAGGAUCUGGAGCUCAGUGUGCUAGUCGAAGCAUACCCACACAUUAUAGAGCAGGGCUGGGACACCCCGACAUCACCCAACACCUCCACCCAGGAGAAGAAGUUCAUCAAAUACAACAACAGAUACCAUGCUUCUCUACUGCUGAAGAGGAUGAAUCCCCAGGAGCAAGGCCAGUACACCUUCCACGCCAAGAGUCACAUGGCCAAUGCAUCCAUCACAUUCCAAGUGCAAAUGUAUCAGAGACCAGUGGCUGUGGUGAGAUGGGAAAAUGUAACCACUCUCACUUGCACCUCAUUCGGCUACCCUGCCCCCCGAAUCAUCUGGUACCAGUGUUUUGGAAUACGACCCACGUGCAGUGAGAACACCACGGGGAUGCAGAUGCCGGUCCCUCUGCAGGCUCCUACAGUGGAGGUCCAGAGGGAGGAGUACGGGGCUGUGGAGGUGGAGAGCGUUCUCACGGUGGGACCGUCCAACCGCAGGAUGACGGUGGAGUGUGUGGCCUUCAACCUGGUUGGGGUCAGCAGCGAUACUUUUGCAAUGGACGUUACUGAUAAACUCUUUACCUCCACCCUGACUGGAGCUGCUGGCAUUCUGACCAUCCUCCUUGUGCUUUUGGUCUUUCUGCUCUACAAAUACAAGCAGAAACCAAGAUAUGAGAUCCGCUGGAAAAUCAUUGAGGCGAGAGAUGGAAACAACUACACUUUUGUUGACCCCACUCAGCUUCCCUACAAUGAGAAGUGGGAGUUUCCCCGUGACAAGCUGAAGCUAGGAAAGAUCCUGGGUGCGGGUGCUUUUGGAAAGGUCGUGGAGGCCACAGCCUUCGGUCUGGGAAAGGAAGACAAUACGUUGCGUGUUGCUGUGAAAAUGUUAAAAGCCAGUGCUCAUUCAGAUGAGAGGGAGGCUCUGAUGUCUGAACUGAAAAUCUUGAGUCACCUGGGACACCACAAGAACAUCGUCAACCUGCUAGGGGCCUGCACUUAUGGAGGACCGGUGCUCGUGAUCACAGAGUACUGUAGCCAUGGCGACCUGCUAAACUUCCUUCGCCAGAGGGCAGAACCUUUCCUGAAUUUCAUCAUGAGCGUUCCCGAGAUCACGGAGGAGCCAGGCGACUACAAAAACAUCUGCAAUCAGAAGCAGUUCAUUAGAAGUGACAGCGGGAUCUCGAGUGUAUCCUCAGGCAGCUACUUGGAGAUGAGACCCAGCCAGCAGCCAAUCAAAUCAUCUCUAGACUCUGUGUGUGAGGAGGGCGGGGAUUGGCCUCUCGACAUUGACGAUCUGCUGAGGUUUUCCCAUCAGGUGUCUCAGGGCCUCGACUUCCUGGCGGCCAAAAAUUGUAUUCACAGAGACGUGGCUGCUAGGAAUGUCCUCCUUACUGACCACCGGGUGGCCAAGAUUUGCGACUUCGGCCUGGCACGUGACAUCAUGAACGACUCCAACUACGUGGUGAAGGGCAAUGCGCGUCUGCCAGUGAAGUGGAUGGCUCCGGAGAGCAUCUUUGACUGUGUGUACACUGUCCAGAGUGACGUCUGGUCUUAUGGCAUCCUCCUUUGGGAGAUCUUCUCUCUAGGCAAAAGCCCCUAUCCCAGUAUGGCUGUGGACUCCAGGUUCUACAAGAUGGUGAAGUGUGGCUACCAGAUGUCCCGCCCGGAUUUUGCCCCUCCUGAGAUGUACCUGAUCAUGAAGGCGUGCUGGAAUCUGGAGCCCACGGAGCGUCCGACGUUCAGCAAGAUCAGUCAGAUGAUAGAGAGACUACUUGGGGAUCAUCAUAACCAGGAACAACUAAUGUACCAGAAUGUACAGCAGCAGGUCACGGAGAGCGAAGCGUGUGAUGAGCCCAAGUGCAGCGAAGGCCCCUGUGACCGGUCUUGUGACUAUGAGGAAGAGGAGCAGCCUCUGAUGAAGACAAACCACUAUCAGUUUUGCUGAGAGGACUCACUGUCGGUCAGUCAAUCAGAACCAUCAACACUCAUCAGGAAUCUGGAAUCAAGGUGAAGCAGCGAGGCUUGUUCUGCAGCUGGAGAGCUGCUGAGCGAUCGCGUUGCCUUCAAAGCUAUUUUUUGCCCGGUGGUGUCUGUUCGCCAGACAGACGAGCAGCUGAGGCAGGCAUGUGACUCGCUUCUCUGCAGACCAUGACUGGAAAUUGCCACGUCUAGCGCCAACCUCUGACAUGAAAGGCGGAAACAUGUCAACAAAUGACAUCUGCAUCCAAAGAAAGCUGUACUUUAAUGUUUUAUCCAAAAACUACACAUCCACUCUCCACUCUGUUGUGCAUUUAGGGAAUCUCUCUUCUGAAUAUGAUAAACCAGAGGCAAUCAGUUACUUUAUAUUCAGAGAAUACAUGUUUGUUCCUUCUCAAAAUGCUCUUGAUUACGCACUAUACACAUUGCCCGCUAUUAUUUUUCAAUUGCAGUCCUUUCAAGGUAGUGUUUCCAUUCACCUUUCCCAGCAGGUUCAUUUCCACAUCAUUUGUUUUACUGCAUAUGUGCGUUCAGAGGAAGCAACCAAACAGUCACAAACACUGGAUCCUAGACACUGAAUUAAUGUGAGGUAUUCUAAUAUUGUAAUAUUGUACGAAGUCAUGUUAAGAUAUAUAUUUUUACACUUAUGUUGGACAUUCCCUUAUUUAAACCCCUUAUUCAAACAUAUAAACAGCGCAAGAGCUUCUUCUUAGUUUCAACAUGUUGAAUCGAACACGGAAAAGGCUUUUUAUGUGUGUAGGAAUGAUCAUGUUGUUUUCACCCUGUGCUUUGGUCAUAGCUGCAUUUCCACGAUAUCUGCCGGUUGAUGGUGCAUGGAGAUUGCUCCCUUUCAAUCCAGUUAAUUAGCAAACAGCGUUCAGCAUGAUUUACUUGCAGGGAAAGCAACUGAACUGAUGAGCCGGGAAAUCUGUGGAUCCAUGAUGGAUCAGAUGAACAAUGUUUUGUAAUUGACCGUGUGAAAUACGAUGAUGAUGUUUUUCUUGGCACAAUUUAAGCUUUUUUUUUUUUUUUUUUUUUUUUAAUUUCCUGCUGAGUUCCACUACUUAAGUUUAUGUUGAUGUAAGCUUCAUAUGUAGCAAUCAGCCUACACUGCCAGUUGCGACCAAGAUUUCGGAAUGACACUGAAGCUGUUUUUUUUUUUUUUUUUUUUUUAAGAAAUACAGACGUGCAUGUUCGAACGAGAUCAGCCCUUUCAAAUGUGUGUGCAGCUGUGAGAGGUCUAUAUGAUAAUGUAUAUAUCUCCUGAUGUAUAUCAAGAAUUUCAUCUUUAUUUUCUCUUAUAUGUUUUAGACUAGAUAGAUAGUGGUACAAGAAAAAGUUUUCUUUGAUGUUUUGUGUUUUUUUGAGCAAAUCAAUGCAAGAUCUGCAAAUCGAAUCACUG